AUGUCGAAAUCCAGUAGCGGCGUCAUCGCGUUCCACAGCCACACGUAUACUCACAAAUAUCUGCAGCCCUCUCGCGUGUGGAGUGAAGCCCUCGAGGUUGGAAAAGCAGUUGCAAGACGCGGCAAGCCUACUUCAUUAUGGCACCAGUACCAAGCACCCGAGGAAACCCAGACCUGGUUGACUAGAUUGGACCGCCACGUGGCAGAGACCCAAACCUCAACACGCUACAGCAGCGUUCGAGCUCAAAGCUCUUACAGAGGGCGUCGUCCCAGCGAGAGCCAGAUCACAUCGUCAACAAGAAGAACAAUAUCCUCCGAGCCGUCGAUCAGAGACAGCGAUCUCUUGGGAGACUCGGACUACCACCAUCACUGGAUGCAACAGGAGACAAUCAGGAGGCUUGAAGUUCUUUUGGCCCAGUUGGAGGAUCGAACGAGGUCAUUAACACCCAUCAGCGCCGACGCCGACUGCGUCGACCAGGGCCACUCGACGCCGACAAUCUCGAUCCAACGCUCCGUCAAUUGCGUCGUCACGCUCAUCUUCGCCAACUGGAGCCCGCAUCCCUUCCACAACCUCAUCUCGGUCCUCAUCUCGGUCCUCGUCUCGGUCGUCAUCUCGGUCGUCAUCUCGAUCUUCAUCUACGUCGAGGAGCAGCGCGACGUCUCCCCCUCCCAUCUCCUCCGAGACUGA